GGCUCGUCUAGAUCACCAGUCCUAUUCACAGCCAUCCGAUCUCGCUUGCAGAAUGCCGUUAAUCCACUCAUCAAAGACACACUGAAAGAUCUCCAUUGUGAGAUAAACGAGACAUUGAGGCAGAUCAGCAGCAUGUUGAGAUGCUGCGAGGGUCGGAAGCGCGUAUCCGGGCAGCGAAUGGGGAUUUCUUGGAUAGAUUGGAGGUUGUUUUGAGGGGUGUGACGGAUGAGAUGGAGAGGAUUGGGGAGGUUGCGGCCAGGGUUAAGAAAGAGGCGGAGGAGAACCAAGAGUGAGGAGGCCAUGUCUUUAAUCGAAGUGUAGUAGUACAUAGAACCAGUUUCAUUCAUUUUGUUA